GUGUGUGUUGUUAUUAGCGUUGUAACUGCGAAACUGUAACGACUGGCAAGCUGUGUGUAGUGCCGAGGUUAAAGAGAAGAUUUUCAAAAUACAAAAUAAUGGUGUCACGAAGCAACAAAGAGUUUUGAGCCGGUUAAAGCUAACUAGCUACAUCGUGUGUAGCAACGUCGGAGUUCCCUGUAGGGUUAGCCAAAGUUAGCUUCCAGUGGGUUGUCUUCUUUUUCUUUACUGCCAACGCUGCAUAAAGUUUCCACCGACACUAGACCAAUAAUUGCACUGUAGCAUGUGUACGGAAACAACCUUAAUUUUACAACUCACUUCCACAGCUGUUUCUUCAGUUGUUCUAUUGCCGCCAACUAACAUAAAUGAGUACAAGUUAAGUAAAUAACUUACCGUUACAGUCAGUUAUCGGCCCAACUUUCACAUCGCUGAGGGCUGGACAUCCAGUGAAAUCACAGACCAUGUACGUCAAUGGGAAUGUUAUCCCGCACACCCCGCUGGCCGUAGACUUCUGGCAGGUGCGGAAAUGUCCUGGCACCCGUCUGUUUUUCUUGUCCCACAUGCACAGCGACCACACGGUGGGUUUGACCUCCACCUGGAGCGACCGGGCCAUCUACUGCUCACCCACCACUGCCACACUGCUCAAACUCAAACUGCAGGUGAAAGAAAAGUGGGUCCAUCCAUUGGAGCUGGCUGAGCCAAGCCUGCUGCCACUGGAUGACAUCGGCAAGGAGAUGCUGACGGUCACCCUAAUAGACGCCAACCACUGUCCAGGGGCUGUCAUGUUUCUUUUCGAAGGCUACUUUGGCUCUAUACUGUACACAGGUGACUUCAGAUAUACUCCCACGAUGCUGCGUGAGCCGUGCCUGAGGACAAACACCACUAUAGAUGUGCUGUACCUAGACAACACCAACUGUGACCCCAACCGCACCCUCCCCUCCAGACAGCGAGCCACUCAACAAAUCAAAGAGAUCAUCCGCAGCCACCCAAACCACAAUGUUGUCAUAGGUCUGUAUGCACUGGGAAAGGAGUCCCUGCUGUUGGAGCUGGCGAUGGAGUUUAAAACCUGGAUUGAGGUGAGCUUUCAGAGGAUGGAGACCCUAAAGGUUCUGGAACUGCCUGACGUUUUCACCACUGACCCGGGAGCCGGUCGUAUCCGAGCCGUGGACCAGUCAGAGAUCUGUUCUGCCACUUUUCACCGAUGGAACAAAGAACAACCCACUUUGGCCAUCUUGCCCACAAGCAGGCCCCUAGUAUCCUUCCACCCCAAUGUCCAUGUGGUGCCCUACUCCGACCACUCCUCAUACCAAGAACUGGAGGAUUUUGUCUCUGCGCUUAAACCUACCUGCCUUAUACCCAUUGUAGGAAAGUGCAUACCUGGAAGUCUUUCUGCUUUACUGCCCAGCAAAAAGCGCCAUGAAAUCCUGGUGCCUGAGUCAGUACGACAACACAUGUUGAGACAGCCUGAGAACCAGCUCAGCUCAUCAGCAUGCACCAGCCUUCGCCGUAGACACUGCAGACCUCUUCCUCCCAAAGGGGUGAUAUUUGAGUCUCCUGUGAGUGCGUCCAGGAGGUCAUGUGAAGAUGUCUGGGGAGCAGAAUGCCAGGAACAGGAUGCUUCUGAGGAAGAGAUGGACACAGAAGGUAGUGAAAGGGACUCUGAUUGUGUCCUUAUCGAUAUGAGCAAGAAACUCACCCCUAACAAAAACAUAAGAGGGGCUGGAGACAUGUGGAGCCUCAACAUCGUCCAGACAGUCUCUGAAGAUAUGGUGAUGGGAGAGUCGGUGCCAUUCAGUCAACUCACCCAGAGCAACUUUGCUCCAGUGGAGAUCCUGACCAACACAAAUGCUUGCUUGCAGCCUGUCAGGACCAGGAAAAGGCAUUUUCAUACUAAUGGCAAAAUAAUCAGCAAGAGAGCAUUGAGUGAAAAUUACAGUAGUCAACAUGGUCGACAUGGAAAUGUUGAGAACAACACACUGUCAAACGAUGAUUGCAUGGAUCAGGACAGUGGACAUGGAAUCAAUCAGGAUGAUGACAUAAUGUCAAAUGACAAUAACAUGAGUCAGCGUAAUGGAUGUGAAAAAGAUCAGGGCAACAGCAUGGCAUUAUUUCAAAACAGCCCCAUUAACGAUUCCUGCAAUUCAUCUAGCCCCUUUAAUGACCUGAGGGAGGAAUAUAUAGAGGAGCUUGAAAACAGUAUUUUAAAGGGUCUCACCUUCACAGAGGAGGACUUAAAAACCUGGGGCCUCCUGCAGCACAGCUUUAUGCAACAGUACCCCCUCUGUCCACUACAUGACGAAAAAGAUGACGUCUCUGACAAAUAAUGUGACCUGACGUCUAAGUUUUUGCCUUGCUUUAGAGGCCUUUUAGAGUCUUCUGUGUGUGUCAACAUAAGCACCUUAAAGCCACAGCACUAUUUUCUGUGCUUUGUCGUCGGUAACUUCCGACUUUAUAUAAUUUUCCUUAUGGUGCCUCCAUUUUGUAUGGGUAGCCUGGAGUUUAGAAAAGCAGGUUUGUUAUCAAAAAGUAGACUAGGUCCUUGGACUGGACCUGUAUAGUGAUGGACUAAUCCUUGGCUUUACCUUGGCCUCCUGGGUGUGUAAGCCAGCAAAAAUAAAUCCUCAUUUCUCAUUAAAGACUAAAACUAUUUUCUUUCUUGUGAUGAAAAAAAAAAUUAUCAGUGACCUUUAUUGGCCAUGUAUAAAUGUAUACCAUGGACGAGGCUGAGUCACAGCUCAAAGUAGUCAGUAGUCAAAUGAGAGUCAGAGGAUCUUGGAGUGCUUUGAAAUAUCAGUGGAUGAAGAUGUUUUUGCUGCUGCAAAGAGCUAAGAGUUACAAACCAAAACCCUGAUUCAGUUUCAGCCUAAAAGCCGAAACAAAGUUAGAAAAAGGUUUUUGGCAUAUACCAGAUCAGCCUUUUUCACUCAAGAUUUUAUUUUCAUCUUCUUGCUGUGUGAAUAAUGUAAUGCCUUUUUUGAGUAAAUCUGAAAAAAACAUUGUUUUGUUUUGUAAAAUCUGUAUUUUGCAGUUUUGAGUCAAGAGAAAGUUGCUGCACUGGUACUUAAUAUUGAAAAAACAAACUUCCUGUGAUUGUCUUUAUUUGUAAAUGUACACCUAGUUUUGAUAGUUACUGUGCAAAAUUAAGUAUUUUUUUAAGAUGUUAUUUAGCAGCUACAGCUGUGUUCUUUUCUUUGUUAGUCGACCACUGAAGAAAAAUUAUCAUCAAACGCAGCUCAGCAAACUCCAAAACACUUUCAUCCCAACAUUUCAUUUUUUUAAGGAAUUGGUUGUAUGAAUCAGUAAUGCAUGUAUAAAUAUUUUAAGAAAGAAGUUGUGUUAAAUUAGGUGCAUCUAUAUUGAAUAUCUUUAAUGUUUCUGAUUGUAUUCUUACUGCAGUUUAAUGUGUCUUUCAUAUUGUUUUUGUUCUCCAUGACGACCUUUGUCAACUCCAAAAAGUAUCUGCUAUUGUCCUUUUUACAUGUUUUGAUUAGAGGUGAAAAAAACCAAACGGUGUGCAGCUCGACUUCCCUCUUUGUGAACUUAAUCCCUCACUCUGGCAGUGUUAAUCCCAGAUUUUACCUGUUGGACUACAGUGCUCUAUAAAUGCCAUUUGUGAAGCCACACUUUGACUUUUUAUUUGUGGGAAAAAAAAAAAUUUUGGCUUCAUUUUAGCCAUUAAAAACUAAAAGAUAGAUGUUAAAAUGUAAUUUUCUUUUCAGUAAAUGUAUAUAUAUAUUAUACUAAGUACUAAUAGGAAAACCUGCUUUAUUGUAAUGCAUUACUGCAUACUGUAUUUACCUUGGUGUUUCAUAUUUAUGAACAAAGCAUCUUUGUAUAAUAAAGGAUGUGUUGUUGAAAAGUGUAACACGUAACUACGCUGAAUGCAGGCUCCUCAUGUACCAAAUGUUUCCUCAGUAAAUUACAGAUUAUUUGCAAA